AUGGGUUGGUUUGACGGAACUUCCAGCUCUUCAAAAGGCUACUUCGUGCGCAAACGUUCCCCACGUCGGUCAUCCUCACAUGGCUACUCCACACAUCAUUCCAGUGGCAGGCACUCGGCCCCGUCACUGUUCAAUCUUGGUGGCCAUACAAACAAGUCCAGCAGCUCAUUCUUCUCGACAUCGUCCUCGUCGCGGCGCGCUCGUCCACGGUCCGGCUUCAUCGAGCGUAUCAUCCAUCGUAUCAAGCGCUUGCUAAGGGACAUCUACUAUUAUGCCCGUCGCCAUCCGAUGAAAGUCUUCUUGCUCGUUAUCAUGCCUCUGAUCACGGGCGGUAUUUUGCAAAAACUGCUUGGCAUGGUCGGCUUGCGCUUGCCUGGCGGACUCAUGGGGAAUCUGGCCAACGCUGGGCAAGGCAGCCGUGGCGGCUUUGGCGGUUUGGGCAGCUCAGGAAGCAAUGGUUUCGGCGAGGGUGUCAACGGACUGAUGACGAUUGCAAAAAUGUUUGCGUAA